AUGCAGUUCCGUGCCCUCCUCCUCGCUGCUGUGGCUUGCUUCACCACCGCCCAAGCCAAGGUCAACUGGAUCAACCACGACCAAGUCCACCCGUUCGCUCAGGUCGAGGCCGCCAACGCUUCUGAGAAGGCCGCGAUCAAGUUCAAGCCGCAGCUGCAGAUCUCCUACGGUUGCCAUCCUUACCCCGCCGUUCAAGCCGACGGAGCAGUCAGUGAUGGUCUGAAGUGGGGUGGUAAGCCUGACGGGAAGUAUCAGGGCUCCGGUUUGGGCUCGCAAGUGUACUCGGCUCGGCCUGGUACGAGGUAUGAGAGAAGAGAGCAAGUUUCAGCCAUCGCCACUUGUGGCUGGCUCUAUAUGGUGAUCUGGAUCGACAACCCCGAGGCUAUCAACCCCGCGAUCCUCGGAGUCUGUGUGCGUACUGAGGGUGGGAACGAGCAACGGGUUCCUCCUGACGCGAAGUUCCUCGACGGCUCGAGCUUGAAGCUCGACUACUACAAGCGCACGUGGCAUCGCAAGACGGGGCUGCAACUGACGAAGGACAAGGGCGAGUUCCAGGACCUGGUCACGUGGGAACAAAUGACGGAAGAGGCUCGCAUAACCCUGACCGAAGCCGACUUCGAUGACCACUGGCAGGAGCGUAACGACUUGGAUGUCCCCUUUAUUGACGGCGAGUUCACGGUGAACCUCGAGAAGGCUUGGGUGUCUUAA